GACAAAUAAACCCCUAAUGUAGUUUUAUGCAUAAACCCUAAUUCCAAUUUCUAUAACUUCUCCAUCGUUGAACCCCUCGCGCGCCCUUCUAACGAUAGAGCAUCCAACCAACUUCCACUUCUCGGGUAAUGAUGGAGGAUUUCUUCACCACAGCGACAAAAGAGGUGUUAGUUGAAAUGGUGAAGCUGGCGCAGAAGAGAGAGAUGGCAGGGAGCAAAGGUCACUGGAAAGAUUUUUUGAAGUUUUAUGAUAAGAAGUUUGGAUCAAGCUUGAGUGACCCGUCCCGCAGGUCCAUUGAUUCGUUGGUGGCAUUUUUGAAAACCUUUGAGCAAGAUGAGGAUUUGAAGUUGUUCAAGAAAGUAUCUCAAUGUCACUCCAACCGUGUCGAGGUGGAGGAGUUUAAGAAAGAAAACCCUGAUUUAGAAACAGCUGAACAGGAGUUAGUCCGUUUGACUCUCGAGCAUCCUCUGUACCCAGUUGAAUAUUCCUUCCCCUCAUACGAGGAGGAAUGGGUGGUCGUAAAAUGCAGUAAAAAGUCGAAGGCCAAGAAGUUUCCGGAGUUAAUUUCCAUUGACUGUGAGAUGGUCCUUUGUGAAGAUGGCACUGAAGCAUUGGUGAAGGUGUGUGCUGUCGACCGCAAUUUACAGGUUAAGCUUGAUAAAGUUGUGAACCCAAAUAAAGCAAUUGCUGAUUAUCGGACAGAUAUAACUGGAAUCUCUGCCAAGGAUUUAGAUGAAGUUACUGUUUCGUUGAAAGAUGUGCAGAAAUCUGUGAAGAAAUUGUUGUCGCAUGGCACAAUUUUGGUUGGCCACAGUGCGAACAAUGAUCUUCAAGCAUUGAAGGUAGACCACACAAGAGUGAUAGACACGUCAUAUAUCUUCAAGCAUGCCAAGUCCAACAGAAAACCUUCUCUGAGUUUGUUGUGUAAGACUAAAUUAGGUUAUGAGCUCCGGGAAAAGGGAAAGCCACACAAUUGUCUAGAUGAUGCUUGUGCCGCCAUGAAGCUCGUCUUGGCCAGAUUGGAGGGAAAAAUAGAUAGUGUAUUAAUAACUGAUGAGGUGAAAGAGUUGGACGUGACCAAGUUGCUUGUGCAUAGAAUCCCUUUUACCAUUCUUAGCACAGAUUUGAAGAGCAUGCUACCUGGGGAUUGUACUGUUGAAGUGAAGGUGGGUAUCAAAGUCAAGAACACAUAUACGGCCUUUGCAAUUUAUAAAAGUCGGCAAGAAGCAAUUGAAGCUUUUGAGAAUCUUGAAGGUGAUUUUGGAAAGGACUCAUAUGGGCGACCUCAGAAGCUUGUGAAUUUCGAGCUCGAUUCAGGAGAAAAUGUUACUUUGUGUGUGUGUAAAACUUUUGGGGAGGAUGACGUUGGCCAGCUAUCGAAGAAGAGGUUGAUCGAAGAUGAGAGUGUUGGCAAAUCAAAGAAGUUGAAAAACGAGGAUUCCACCAAUCAGUGUGACACACAUCUGGAAGAAAUUAAAAGAUUAAAGAAAGAACUAAAGCAGAGAGACCAGGAAAUUUCGAGCUUGAAUAAAAUAGUUGCUGCACUUACUAGAAAACAAGGGCUUUGAAAGCAUUCUUGUAGAAAUGCCUGAUGUUUUCCUUGAAACAAGAUCGAAACGAUUAGAUUGAGGCCUUUCUCUUGGAGAAGCCUGAAACGAGAUUUUUUUUUUAACAUUUUUUUUUGCCAUAGGAAAGGGAUUUUGAUUCUUUUUAUGUACUGGGGAAUUGCUUGAGAUGAUACAUCUCAGAAUCUGUUAUCUCUAUCAAUGCAAUAUACAUAUUUGUGAUUUUUCUUUUUCUAUUUGUUCUUUUCAGAAAUUUUAACGGCAAUGUUGCAC